CGGAGGAGGAGAGUAGAGAUGGCUUGUAAGAGAGAGUUGCUGCUGCUCCUGCUGUUGUUGCAGCUGCUGGUAGCAGCAGCAUCCUCGUCGGAGCAGCUCAUGGCGUUGCCCGGCUGCCAUGAUAAGUGCGGGAACACCGCCGUCCCCUACCCCUUCGGCAUCGGACCCGGCUGCUUCAGAGGAGGCUUCGACAUCACCUGCGACGGCGGCAGCCCGAGAGCUCUCAUCCCGGAUCUGGACUUGGAAAUCGAGAUCACGGAUAUAUCAUUAGCACCAGCCGAGGUACGUGCAAAGAUACCCAUGUCCUACCAGUGCUACAACGAGACCGCCAUGGUCUCCAAAGUAACGCCCAAGGUCGACCUCACGACGCGGCCGGCCUACAUUUUCUCGAGCACCCGCAACAAGUUCACCGCCUUGGGCUGCUUCACCCUGGCGCAUCUGGCUGCCUACAUCGAGGAGGAUGACUACCAGUACGGCGGCGCCUGCGUCUCCUACUGCUGGAAUGAGGAGAGCAUCGCUAAUGGCUCCUGCUCCAACAUGGGAUGCUGCCAGGUCUCCAUCCCGAAGCAGCUAAGCUCCAUAGAUAUCUACUUCCGAAACUAUGGCUACAGCGAUACUUGGAAUAUCAGUCCCUGCAGUUAUGCCUUCCUGGUGGCCCAGGACUCGUAUAACUUCAGCAGAUCUGAUCUCUCCUACGAUUUCGCCGUCAAGCACCGCAACCAUACCCCGGUGGUGCUAGAUUGGGCCAUACGGAACCAGUCUUGCCAGGAUGCAAGAGUGGAUCCAACAACCUAUGCAUGCCGCAGCAACAACAGCAUCUGCAGCGACGCAAGCAAUGGCCCCGGAUAUCUCUGCAGCUGCUUGCCGGGAUAUGAUGGCAAUCCCUACCUUCACGAUGGAUGCCAAGACAUCGACGAGUGCAAGCUCCCGGAGCAGUAUCCUUGCCAUGGGAUUUGCGUGAACAGACCAGGGAAUUAUAGCUGCGCCUGCCCUCAAGGAACGCAGGGUAAUGCAACGACGGAAAGCUGCAGGCCGCUCCGAGGCAAAGACAAGUUUCCCUUGCUAGCAAUCUUGGCUGGAGGCAUCAGUGUUAGCACUUUCUUCAUAGUUCUCAUUUGCUAUAUCCUUGCAAAGAGAAAGCUCGUUACGACCAAGCAAAAGUUCUUCGACCAAAAUGGAGGGUAUCUGCUGCAGCAACAAAUCAGUUCAAAAGGUGUUGCAUUUAAGAUUUACACUGUUGAAGAACUAAAAAGAGCAACGAACAACUUUAACACGGACCGAGUGUUAGGACAAGGAGGCUUCGGCACCGUUUAUAAAGGGAUCUUCGAAGACAAAACAGUAGUAGCCAUCAAGAAGCCUAAGAAAAUGGAAGUGGACCAAAUUGAAGAAUUUGCGAAGGAGAUGUUUAUCCUUUCCCAAAUAAACCACAAAAAUGUGGUUAAGCUCUUAGGCUGCUGCUUGGAAGUUAAAGUUCCCAUGUUGGUUUAUGAAUUUGUCUCCAACGGUACCCUCUCCGAUCACCUCCAUGGGAGAAAUCAGAAUUCCUCGCUUAACUUGGACAUGCGUCUCACGAUUGCUGUAGAGUCUGCGGAGGCACUUGCCUAUCUGCACUCCUGGGCCUCUCCACCUAUCCUGCAUUGUGAUGUAAAGUCUGCUAAUAUACUCCUCGACGAGAACUUUACUGCAAAAGUGUCUGAUUUUGGGGCUUCAAAGCUUGUUCCCAACGGACCAACUCAGUACGUUUCCGUAAUUCAAGGAACCUUGGGUUAUUUGGAUCCAGAAUUCCAAGCAGAUGGCCGAUUAACUAACAAGAGUGAUGUUUACAGUUUUGGAGUGGUUCUUCUGGAACUUCUGACAGGGAAGAGAGCAAUUUACUCUGAGGGAUCCGAGGAGAAGCGCAGCCUUGUAGCAAGUUUCUACAGAGCAAUGAACGAGGAUAGGCUUCUGCAAAUUUUGGACGAUCAAGUCAAGGAUGAAGGAGGGAUAGAGUUGCUCGAACAGAUUGCUGACCUUGCGGGGCGAUGUUUAGAUAGGAGAGGGGAAGAUAGGCCCACCAUGAAAGAAGUGGCGGAGGAACUCGAAAAGCUAAGGAAAUUCAAGCAGCAUUCAUGGGAGCAAAAUGAUCAUGAGGAGACAGACAGCUCACUUGAUGGAAGCCGGCCAACGGCAAUAUUGCCUCAUACUUAUUGAAACAUUACCGAGGUAUUUGUGAAGAAUUGCUACAGCGGCAUCCUGUGCUAAGAAUAAAAGAUGUAAUAAGUACUUGAUAAAUAGUUUAAACCAUGAGUUCUUAUU